CGAGUAAAAGGCCCACGGCCCAUUUCUGGAUUUCUUGCACCCGACGAAUGCUUCCCAAGCUAAAACAAGAGUUGCAGGAGCCGUUGAAGUUGAAGUUUUAAGUUUGCUCUUAUUUUCAAUAAGCUUCGAUUCAUUGGCGCAUGUUCCGAUGUUAGACUUAGAUGUCUAUGGGCAUUAGGAGAAUCGUCCAUUGAUCCAAGUACCAUGUGUUAAGUCGUCAUCGUUCUGAGUUGAAGUCGUACUUUUUUUAAGUAAAAAAACAAUCGAUUUUUUUGUAGCUUCGAAUUCCUCUACAAUAUCAUGGGGGAUAGUCAAUACUCGUUCUCACUUACCACUUUUAGUCCUUCUGGAAAACUUGUUCAGAUUGAGCACGCUCUUACCGCUGUUGGGUCUGGACAAACCUCUCUUGGGAUUAAAGCUGCUAAUGGAGUUGUCAUUGCAACAGAGAAAAAACUACCUUCUAUAUUAGUUGAUGAAACAUCAGUCCAGAAAAUUCAGCUAUUAACACCUAAUAUUGGCGUUGUUUACAGUGGCAUGGGUCCUGAUUUUCGAAUACUAGUUCGAAAAAGUAGGAAGCAAGCAGAGCAGUAUCAUCGGUUAUAUAAAGAACCAAUCCCUGUAACUCAGCUUGUGAGGGAAAUUGCUGCUGUUAUGCAGGAAUUUACUCAGUCUGGUGGUGUUAGGCCUUUUGGAGUAUCCCUGCUGGUAGCUGGGUUUGAUGACAAAGGACCGCAAUUAUUUCAGGUGGAUCCGUCAGGUUCAUACUUUUCUUGGAAAGCUUCAGCUAUGGGGAAAAACGUUUCUAAUGCUAAGACGUUUCUUGAGAAGAGGUACACUGACGAUAUGGAGCUUGAUGAUGCAGUUCACACAGCAAUAUUAACACUGAAGGAAGGGUUCGAAGGACAAAUCUCAGGCAAAAACAUUGAAAUUGGCAUAAUUGGCGCAGACAAAAAAUUCAGGUGCUUCUGCUCUCCAUCCAAAAGACAAGAUAUAAUAAGUGUCUGUGCUUUCAUAAUAUCAUCCAGUUUUAAGAAUUUUACCAAAGGUAUUGACACCUGCUGAAAUUGAUGAUUAUUUGGGUGAGGUUGAGUAAUGUACAAUUAAUGGAGGAAGGAAGCUUUGUUACUCACCAACAUCAUGUUUGUUUCACAGUUGACUGUAGUUAACCAGUUCGCCUUUCACAGCGUACUUGCAAUGAUCAUGCAAAUAUGGCUUGUUUAAAACUAUAAUGUCAUAAAAAAAUUUGUAACUUUUUUCAUCUUAUUUGAUAUCAUCAUUGCUUAUUUUGUAUUUUAUGUCUAAUUUCAAAUUCUAAAAAUUAUACA